GCUUUGCUCAGAAUGGGAAGUCAAAUAUAUUUAGAGAAAUGGAAAGAAAUGCAGCCACAUGACACAGUUUGCUCCAAGCCCACUAAUGCUAUCUUCAGGUCUAAGCUGAACCAUGGCAAGAACCGAUAGAAGACUAGGUAUCUACAACUUUCUUUUUGUUCUUUCCUGAGAGGUGGGUGUCUUCAUAAAGAUGGAGCUACAUGUUGUCUUUACAGCUACAGCCCUAUUCAUACUGACAUUAACCUGCAGAUCAGAGCCUUCAAAUUACACCAACGAUAUUGCCAUUCCAUACCCCAAUGCAAACGACAGCAGCAGUAUAAAUGCAACAAAUGUACAAGAACAAGAAAAUUGCUCAAAUGUAUCUGCAUGUGACAGCCUGAAUACAAGUCGCAUCAACAAUACAAACUUAAGUGGUCCAAUACAGAACACAUCAUCAAGUAGUUAUACAGAAUGUACUAAAGGUGAAAGAGAAAGAAAUUUGAACUGCACUGAUUCAGGAAGUAUAUCAGAGACCACCAACAAAUCCAUGGCAAAUUUCUCAGAUCCAUCUGCUAGUGACAGCUUGAACACAAGUCACAUCAACAAAACAGACUUAAAUGGUCCAUCAAAGAACAAACCAAAAAGUAGGGAUAGACAAGGGGAUCGAGGUAAAAAAAUAAACCGCACAAAUUCAGAAAAGAGCUCACAGACCUCCAUAAAAUCCAAAGCAAAACGCCCAAAGCCAACUGCUAGCAGCAGCUGGAACACAAGUUACUACAAUAAUAUAGACUUAAAUGUUCCAACGCAGAUUACACCAUUAAGUAGCUGCAGAAAUGGAAGUGAAGGUAAACAAGAAAAUUGCACAAAUUCAGAAAGAGAUUCACAGACCACCGAAAAAUGCAUGGAGCCUGAAAUAUUUUUAGAAUCUAAUCUAACUGGAUACCACAAUUUAACUGUGGUAUGGAUCUUUCAAUGCAAUUGCACUGCCAAUUACAGUCUUGAAGCCACAGGCCUGUUGGUAGACCGCUAUAAAGAGCAAUGUCCCAACCAGAUAUGCGUCUCUUAUGAGAAGAAGGAAAACAGAACAGAAGUGCUUUUUGAGUGUUUGACACCUUCUUCUCCUUAUGAACUGACAUUCAAUGCAACGUUUUCCUUCCAAUCCUCCCAACAGAAGAUUGUGUCAAAAAAGAUUUUUUUGAACACUACUGAAAAAGUGACAGCUGAAGGUCCAGUGAAUAUAACUGUAAAUACAACAAAUGGUGUAGUCAUUUGGAAUCACAUUCCUUACUGCUAUAGUGGCCUUCUCGGAUAUGAGCUCACAUUAUUUGGUGAAAGAAAUUAUAAUGCAAGCUUUAAUGAAAAGCAACACAUCAGCAGUCUUUCAAAUGAAACCAAAUACCAACUACAAGCUCUGAAGAACGGAACAAAUUACACAUUGCAAAUAUGUGGGCGUACAUUACUGGGUUUGGAAAAAUGUUCAAACAUGUCAUUUGAAACAAAUAUAAGUGAACCCGAGAGUCCUCUGAUACAUGGAUUUCCCUCUUAUAACUUCUCAUCUGGCACUGCACUGGUCUAUUUGAGUCCUGUCUCAGACAUUAAUGGUCCAAUCACCUCUUAUCAAAUUAUAAUAAAGGACAUGACAUGUAGCAAAGAGAUUGACUUAACAGCCAUUUGUAUGGAAAAAGAAUUACCAGUCUUCAACACAUCUAGGCACAAUGAUUUAUAUAUUGUGGCCGAAAUUUCUGCUGAGAAUAUGACAGACUACUAUCAGUUUGUAAUUGGAGAUGGAGCAAUGCACCGGUUGUACCAUAAUGCUCAGCUGAGGAGUGGAAGAAAUUACUCUGUCAUUGUACGAGCCAUCAGUUCCUGGAGGACAGUGACAAAGUACUCCUGCAGUGUCUCUGGACCUUUUUAUGCAUUUUCUGAGGCCCCUGAAGACAAGAAGCUUUUUUGGAAAUUAUCUAUGGUCUACCUCCUUGUGAUAAUUCCAUUUAUGAUCAUCGCUGUUUUCAUUAUCUGGAAAAUCUCCAAAAGGCGUCACAGUAAAAUGGAUGAAGAAGGAACCAUUACUUUAUCCGAGAAAGGUUCAGUAAUCCCUGUUAAGGACCUGCUAGCACACAUCAUCAAUAUGAAGAAGAUGUGGUAUGAGGAGUGCAAUAACUAUGGGGAUGACAAUGAAGAUGAUGAUGGGGACAGCGCAUGGGUAGCUAAGGAAUAUACUGAGAUUCCAAUUAAAUACUCCUUUCCCUGCAGUGUGGCAGUCAAAGAGGCCAACAGUAAAAAAAACAGAUACGCCAAAAUUGUACCUUAUGAUUAUUCUCGGGUCAUAUUACAUCAGCCUCCUGGCAAAGAAGAGAAUGACUACAUCAAUGCAAGUUACAUUCAGGGAUUCAAUAAAUCAAGAUGCUACAUUGCUACACAAGGGCCACUUGAAUCAACCAUUGAGGACUUCUGGAGUAUGGUUUGGCAGGAGAAUUCUGAAAUGAUCAUCAUGCUUACAAAUCUCACAGAAAAUCAAACGAUUAAAUGUGCCAAGUACUGGCCUGACACAUCUGACAACUAUGGAGAUUUUGCAAUCACAUUAUUAAAAACAGAGAAAACCUUGGAGGUUAUUACUCGAAUAUUUGAAAUGACAAAGGAAGGUUCUUGUUUGCGAAGGACGAUAACCCACAGCCUCUAUACUGCUUGGCCUGACCAUGGGGUACCUAAAACAGCCAGUGGACUGAGACAAAUAGUGCAUAAAAUUCAUACUAUUGUAAAUCCCAACAGUGGUCCUGUCAUCGUUCAUUGCAGUGCAGGAAUUGGCCGCACUGGCACUUUAAUUGCCCUGGACUAUCUUUUAAUGAUGGCAAAAGAUGAGAAAAGGGUGGAUGUUGUCCAAUGUGUAUCCAAAAUGAGAGAGCAACGCAUGAACAUGGUGCAAACACUGGAUCAGUACAUGUUCAUCUACGACUCACUGAUUGAAUUUCUGGAAUGUGGAGACACAAAUAUUAAAAUUCAGGAUGUCCAUAACAAGGUGAAGUGUUUGGAGAAAUGUCACCAACAAACAAGAAAAAAUGGAUUCCAACAGGAAUUUAAGGUUCUUGAUAGGAUUUCAGAUCUGUACAGAUUGCAGCCCUGCAGAAAUGCCCAGAAAGACUCCAACAGACACAAAAACAGAAAUACUGACAUCCUGCCAGGGGAUGAAGUCUUAACACCUCUAAUGUCAGUCACAAAUAAGGAUGGCUCGCCUGGAUAUAUUAAUGCAGUCUUCGUGAACUGCUAUCAGAAGGAAGAUGGCUUUAUUCUUACACAAGUACCUCUAGAAGAAACAGUUGCUGAUUUUUGGGCUUUGGUAUACGAUUAUCGAUGCACAGCAAUUGUGUUAAUGCAAACCAAGGCAAGCAUUGAAAAGAACUCGUCCGUGUUUUGGCCACAGACAGGUGAAUGCAGUUACAGUCUAUUUCAUAUUAAAACUACAGGAGCACAGCUCAGCACAGGCUACACCAUUACAAAGCUGGAGCUGAGCAAAUCUGCACAGACUGACAAGCAGCAUGUAAGCAUCAUACAAAUAGAAGACUGGACAGAAACUGAGGAGCUUCCACAGUCAUGCAGCACAAUAAUUAGCAUGGCACAAGAAGUCACCAGUUGUCAAGAAAAUCACAACAGUGGCCCCACAGUCAUCGUAUGUUGGGAUGGAUGCAGUAGAAGUGGGAUUUUCUGCGUCACCAGCUUUCUUACAAAGCAGAUGAAGGAAGAGGGCAGGCUGGAUGUUUUCCAAGCUGUGAAAAGUCUGCGGAUUCAUCGACCACAGCUAAUUAAGAAUGAACAACAGUACAGGUUCUGCUACAAAAUGGCAAUGGCGUUAUCUGAUUUCCAUGGACCCUGGGAGUAGAUGUGCUGCAAUAAAGAAGAUGGUAAUGUGUGAAAAAAAGAGCCAGUGACACCAUCAGAACUUCAGGAGCAAAGCUUACCUUUCUCAAGCAUGUUUUAAGAUUUUCAAGGUGACCCAAGUUUUUUUGCAGUCCGGUAGAUGGUUAAAAAUAAAAGGGCUGCAAUGAGAGUUAAGGAUUGCACCUUGGUUAUUGUUAUUGGACACAUUUUAAUAUUCUGGCUAGGCAACAAAGUGCAAACAAGAAUAACCAAAACAUGCCAAAUCUCACACCAGGAUUUGUAUUUUCAAAUGCUUCCAUGUCAAUAAAUGCUAUAAUGGUACACUUGUUUACCUAAAUGUGCAUUAUGAAGAAUGCUCAGACACCUAACAAAAAGGAGACAAAUUUAUGAACGUUCAAAGGUAGAAGCUGCAGUGUGUUACAAAAUAGAAAACAAUGUCUUUUCAUCAAGCUGUCUAUUUAUGAGAAGUAAUAAGUUAUAAGAAGUUUAAGUCCUGGUAGCACCAGGUGGGGUUAUUUGCCCAUCACAUGUCACAGCCAGACACACAGCCACACCAGGUCAGUUCAGAGUGAAAUAAUCAACUUAACAUUCAUAUUUUUAGGAUGUGGGAGUAAGUGAGACCACUCAGGGAAAAACCCAGAGACACAUGAAAACAAUAUACAAGUUCCACAAAGAUAGUGGCACUGCAAAGAAAUUCUUCAGGGUCUCGACAUUCUCCAUUUCAUAUUCUCAUGUGCAGGGGCUGUCCAUGAACCCAAAAUUUCUUUGGUUGCACUAAAGGAAAACUCUUUCGACCCAACAUUCAAUAGGGUUAUUAAAUUGCAGGAGUGCCUCUUAUUCUACUGUUGGCAUGUGACGAUACGGGUUCAGCUCCAUGCUCCCAUCUGCUGUUCGGUCUACUGUCAGUAAUGUUACCAAAGAGCUAGACAGUGAGGCAACAACAUAGCAAGGGGAUGGUACAAAAGUGCAAAAGUGCUUUUAUUUAAAAUCCAACAAGACAAAAACAAAGUGUCCACAAAUAAAUAAGUGCAGUGCUUCCCAAAAAGAGUCAUUAAAUAAAUAAUCCAUAAAACAAAUGUGGAGGUUUAAAAAUCAAUAAACAGAACAAAAUAAUAAUCCUUUAAAAGCCAAGGUUAAAACGUUGGAAGCAAUCUUCUAAACACAAAGCCCAGUGUGUUUGUCUUACUAGUGACUCCCCUGCUUCUCCCUAUUCAGGCUUUGCAGCAGGGGGAGCCACUCUACCUGCAGCUGACCUUCUUUCCUCAUUCGCACAGGUCUGGAGGCCUCCCGAUCCCUGGCUUCGGUCGUGCACUCAUCCCAGACCCGAGACUUAGCUUCUCUCCAACAGCAAGGACUCCCACGCUGGAGAUUAUCUGCCCAAGUCUCCUGACUCCCGCUGUCUUCCACGGCGAGUCACCUCCCUCACUAGUCACUCCCGCUCUUCUCAAAAUGCUCAGUGGGAGCAACGACAAUCAACUGCCCUAGGUGUUAGAUAAACACCUCGCUAGGGCCCACAGUCCAGCUGCACUCGAGCCUGCUCUCACUCGUUUGCUCGAUCUCCUUCGCGCUCUGUCUCUCUCUCUCUCUCACACACCGGCUUUCUCCUCACUUCCUUCCAGCAACCUCUGUCUCUUUCUCUUUCCGUUCCUCCCUCUAGCCGACUCGCGCUUCUAUAUAUCGAGAGGGCAUGGCAGCUGCAGCAAAUUAGCAGUCCCAGGAACAAUCACAGAUGCAGGCAGUCUCUCAUCUGUGCACUUAGGUGAGAAACGGCCACAUUGCAAAUCGCCCUGAGAACUGCUGCAGCCACACCCACCAUGCCCCCUCACUAAGCCGCGAGCUUGAUUAUUUACUUUAAAACGGGCAUUUUGAACAGGAGCUGUGGACCCGCUAUACCACAAGGCACAUUUUCUAGUUUUCAUUUUUGCACUUUUUGCGUAUUUGUUUUUAAUAUGGUCACUGUAAUACUUUAGUUUCUUAUGUCAGUAACUUCAGCACAAUGCUACAGGUAGGUCUCAGGUUACAUAGUCUCAUGAUAUGGCAAUUCUGCAGAAAGAAACAAGCACAUAAAACUCCAAAUGUUUCUUUUUAACUGAAUUUCAAAUACAUUUUCAUCUAGCAACUUCAGUGUUUCACUUAUGAAGGGAACAAACUAGUUCUGAUACAGAUAAAAAUUAAGCAAUCUUCACUAACAGUAAGCAAUAGUACUGCACACUAUGGACUUUGUCAUCAUUUUCAGUCAUUUUGUUUUUUGUGCAUACACAUCGCCGAGUGUAACAGGCCACAUGCACAGUAAGGUCAGUCACAGUUAAGCAGCUCAGUCGGCAGUUGGCCAUUUAGUUGAGUGGUACAAACUGUCAUGUGUAAUUUCAAGUAAUUUCAAGUGAUCAGCAUAUGUGUCCCAGCCAUAUCAUCUCAGUGUGUACAGCUGCAGAGAUUAUGACGUGUCACUCUUAGCAAUUCUUUCUGCAAACACAACACAUCACUGCUGAGGGAUCAAUCAUCAUUUAGUGGUGUCUCUUACGUUUGCUGACUCUGUGAACUUAUGAAUCAGAAAUGACUGGUACCUCUCAUCAAAAGUUUAAAUUGCCCAAAUUAUUUGUGUUUUGUGGUUUAAAGUAUAGUAAUAUUGCUUCAGUGUCAAUUUAUUAAUAAGUGUGAAAUGUUUUUUUCAGAAAAAAAUAAUAUAAACCAUUAUGCAUUGUUGCUGAUAUUUCCAUCAAUGGACAUUUUCAGUACAAGUUCCGAUUUACAUACAAGCUCAGGCUUGAACGUUGGCAGAAAGGGAACUCCUUCAUGACAUAUGCGUUAAUAGUAUUUUGCUUAGGAUGACCCCCCCCAAACCCCCACUCUUUUGUGGUAUUUUUCUAGUGGCCACAGCCAAGUUAAUUAAUAGAAACUAUGUCAAUUCCAAGUUAUCUGAUAGGACCCCUUGAGACACAUGACAUUAAUCAUACAAGCUCCACUUAAAGACAGCAGCACACAUAAAAAAUGUAUAUAUCAGAUUGAAAUUCAAAGGACAAACCUUACAUUCUGUGCUAGUUAGGGGUGAAGACAAUAGGUAGUUAUGACAUUUCAAAUAUUUGUUUUAAUCACUGAUUUAGACUUUGACGCUUGACUCUUUGUGCUUUUUUGGUUCCUGACUCUCGCCUGGGUAUUUGACCUUGAUUCUGUCUACUCCUUUCUCAGCAAUUUUACUUUUAUGUCAGCUGGCAGUAGCUUUUCUUUCUUCAUCUCUUUAGUGCAGAGGAAGCGAAGGGUGCUUCUACAAAGAUUUUAGAGCAGAGCUGUUUUGCCUUCAUGCCAUCUGCUGGUCACUACAUGUAUCUCCAUCUGUCUACGAUCUGAAGAACCUCAGGCUUACUGCGUUUGUCGUUGCCAUCACAAUUGCCUCCUUCCAUGCAAAUCCAGUCACCAUUUCUCACUGCUUGGAAAUUUCCUCAUAGCGAUAUUCCUUUUUCAGUUGCUCAUCCCCACUGAAACAACAGCAAGUCUCAAAAUUGGUACCCUCAGAUGACACAGCAGCCUUCUCUUCCUAUAUACAGAUGACAGAUAACAAUUUGGCAGGAGUUUGAACCUAGGAGUUUGUUAAAGGUUUUCAAUAAGUUCUGUAGAGCAUUGCUGCUCAGGUUAGCCGUGUUGGUGUAUUAAGAAAUAAACAGUAUGGGUUUCUUCAAGAACUUGCCCAAUUUGGACCUAAUCGUUGGACUGAAAUGGGUAUUCAUAAUGUGGGUAGCCACUAAAAGAGGAACGUUCCAAAUCUGGGUAACGUUUUAUUGUAAUGUUUAAGAAAAAAUUCAAAGUAGCUUCCUCAUUUACUUAUUCUUUGCAGACUAACUUAUUAACUUCAGAGUACAAAUUAUUUUGUAAUUUAUAAUUCUCACAGAUGUAAUA